UUCUGUAUAUUUGUAAUUUAUCUUAAACUCACAGAGCUGAUAAAUCCAUGAUGGCUUCAUCUGGUUUUCAAGAUGAUGUGAGAGCUUUACAGAAGCAAUUGGAUGCUAAACAUUUGAUUUAUCAACAUCAACAUAACAAACAAAUGAGCUGCCCUGCUAUGGCCCAAUUGCUGUCAAACACUCUCUACUACAAACGUUUCUUUCCUUACUACUCAUUCAAUGUUUUAGGUGGUCUCGAUAAUGAAGGCAAGGGUUGUGUCUUCACAUAUGUUGUUGUUGGUUCCUACGAGAAGGUUGGAUAUAGCUCUCAAGGUUCUGGUUCAACACUUAUCGUGCCUGUUUUUGAUAAGCAUCUAAAGGCUCCCAGCCCUCUUCUAUUGCCUGCUCAGUUAUAUUCUUUGACCUCAAGUUUAUAUUACCCAUUCAUAAAUGGUCCUUACUCUGCCUUUGUCUGA